AUGAAUGCGAGUGACUCUCCGCCAAGUGAAGCUAGCGACUCAAACUUGUUUCAGAGAGCCUGGAGAAAUACACUAGCAUACGCAGUUCGAAGCCUCUGGGGCAUACCGUGCUUCCGUUGGCGUUUACACGACUUUAGCUCCGAGACGGAAGCUAUUCGCAAACCGCUUGCUUCAGGUGUCCCUGUCUUGUACGUGUUGUCCGUCCGAGGUUGUCGGUAUUGUGAGUUUACGCGCCGACUUUUUGAGCGUGCCGUCAACAUGCCAGUGUUACCGAUAGAGAGUCAGCAUGCCGAGAGUAGUCGUGUCUGGCUCAUCGGCGACGCGUUGCACGUCGUAUGGGUCGACUGUGGUCGCAGUGAAGCCGCAGAGAGGUUCUGCGAGUCCCGCAGCCCGCGAACGAUACCCCUGGUGGAACUUGCACUACCGCGGUCUCCCGAUGGAUCGAUACCCGCUGAGGGAUUCUCCACAGUCGAGUUCUCUCGCGAUACCUGGGACUGGAGCGUCAUCGGGUUGCGGGCGUUUCUGCGCGCAUGCGGAGUUCUACCGCCGCCAGGCCUGCCGCCUUGGCUCUAUGAACGGUGGCGCCAGAGUCGGCGACUCGAGCAAACUGGCCAAAUGGAUGCACAUCAUCAUAUCGAGUAA